AUGUUUAAUCAGUGCAGUGUUAUGUUAACUCCUACUUAUGUGAAUAGGUGUUUGCGCCACUUAGUCGGCAAACGACCGAACGGAUUACCUGAUGGCAGUCGGAGUGUCGUAGUACCUAUAGGGCGGGCGGCGCGUAGCGCGCUAUCUGUGAAACUUCAUCAUUGGGCGCAUUUUCCGAGUUCCCAGCGCAGUCCUGGCGCCGCCAGCGCGCACGCGCCGCCCGCGGCCGCACAUCGCUCAUCGCGCUACGCCGCCGCCUCCCCGCUCUGCCGCACCACGCGUCCGCUGGGCGCGUCGCGCGGGCCGCGGGCCAGGCCCGCGAGCCUGCUGCUUCUGGCCGCGUGGCUGGCGGCCGUAGCUGCCGAGCUCGCCUGUCCCCAGGACCCACCAGCGGCUCAGAUCGCGUGCGCCUCCUGCCGCUCUUACGAAAACGCGAGAGAACACAGCUUGAGAGUGAUCCGUGAGAGCCUGCUCGCCAAACUUGGCUUCACUCAAGCCCCAAACACGACGGGACGAGAGCUGCCACACGUGCCCGCAGACAUGAUGGAACGAUUCGAGCGCCGGAAACCAUCGGCUGGUGUGCAAGCCGAUGCACCAGCUCUGAGCCGUACCUUCGUCACCCACACAGAACAGGACGACUUCCUCGCCCGGACUGACAAUGUCCUCAUAUUUGCACGUUAG